AGAAUGGCCUCUAUUUCUUUGAUUAAGCACCUAAAAGUUUCUGAAAUAAUUCUCCUGCAAACUUAACUUUCAAAAAUCGGUUGAAGCACAGAUUUGAUUUCUUUGAGCUUGCGUGGCAUUGUAAGCGAUUAAGACACACAAAAUGAACGGCGACGAGAAAGCCGUAGAGAGAAUGUCUCCUGACUUGCCAAUGCUGGAGCCGAGCGCUGAACUGCACGGCGCCAUGGAGCACAGUGACGGCCCUACAGACUUGCGCGUCAGGCGGAAGUUACGUCCUGUGCCUCCUCCACUUGACCUGAGCAAGCGCACUCUGGUUCAGUGCCCAGAGAACGGACUGCUUCAAGCUUCCUUCUUGCCUGGUCGCCCCAGCGUACCAUCACCCAGUCCCAGAUCACCAUUCCUGCAGAAAAAUUUACCUCUUAGGAAAAGAGCACACAGCUGGUCAUCACAGCCCGGCGCCCUGAGCUACAGCAGUGCCUUCACCCUGGACUCGUCUAUACCUACGAUCAAAGACGAGCAGCUCGAACCUGUCGACGAGGACGCGUGUUGCCGCUGCUCUAAUUCUUCCCUGCGGUUUGCUGGGCUACCUACACCUCACACGCCACACACGCCUCACCCACACUCGGCUAUACCCGUCCUAACGAGCAAAUUCAACUUCAGUGAAGGCAACCCCGUGGCGUCGGCAGCUGCAUCACACCACCAUUACUCGUCUGCCCCGCUCAAUCUUUCUCUGGGAGGUGGUUUACCAUCAUCUCUGUUGUCACCCGCCCCUUCUCAUCCGUCCACGUCAUCUCUAAGCUCUUCUCGUGAGGAGCUCGAGCCUGAUAUUAGCGAUCCGUCGUAUGCCGCGCCGUUAGACUGCUCGGGCACCGUGUCUUUUGUUAAUAUUAACUAUUUCCAUUGUUCAUCCCAUCCGUAUUGUGCUCAGCCUCGUGAACAAGAACGCACAUCGCCAUCAGGCAGAACUGACGAACUAAAAUCGUACCAUCUUCCAUACCAAACAUUUCAUGAAAACGAUUCAAACCGCUCCAUGGCGUCGGCAAUGAUGGUUGAGCCAUAUUUCAAGCAUGAGUACUGCUCGGAUAUGCUCACCACUCCCGGGCCUCCAUCACAUCAUGAUGAGUACGCUGGAGAACAAAUGGUCGAUCUUACCACUGCAAAGAACUCACCUGGCUGUAAAAGUGAGCGAUUGGAUCGCAACGUUUCUUCUCCGGGCUCAGGAUGUACAUGCAGCAACUGCAGUGCGCCGGGACACUUGUCUCCGUACGCACAAACCUUCCCCGAUGAUCGAGACUUGGGUUGGCAUCGCAUCGUGUGGUCGGUUUUCUUGCCUGACGUACGAAUUCAUUUCGCCAUGGGAGAAGAGAUGUCGUGUAUGCGACUAAGUCAGGAGCUCGGCAAGCUUGAGAAGGAGCACAAAGAACUCUACGCUUGUCAUGGAGUCAUUCUUCGCAAGUACUCAUACGUUACACCCGGCCCUGAAAGUCAAUACUUCAGCGAAGACUCGACGGUGCUACAGGAAAAUCACCCCGAGGUGAAAAUGACCUUUAGUCCCGUGGGGCUGAAGCAGCAGGACGUCUUGGCUGUGGUGCCGUGUCAUCAUCCCUUCUUCGUGCAGCACAGAGGCUGGUGCAGUACCGAGCCUGCGCUGACAUUGCGAGUGCACGGAUUCAUGGUCUCAAAACUCUACUGCGAAGACGUCUGCCUUCCUCCCUACCACAAGAAUCAUGACAAGCCUUGUCUCAUGUCUCAUUUCAACUCCGGCACCGACGGUACAAAGCCUGCCAACCAUCCUCCAGCUCUCACUCAGUUGCAUCUACAAGCGCCCGCUCAUCCACACAGCGAUGUGGUGCACUCCACGGACCAUGUGGCUGACGCCAUGAGCAGGUUUGAUUUCAAUGACGACCCUUUGCACGACACUUCAGUGAUAACCGAGCGAGGUGAAUUAUUGAACACUCAGCAGUUCCUGCCAACAACCCCCUUCACGGGAGCGUCAUUUGUUCAGUAUGCGCCGCCCUCCUCACAUGGCCUGGCGGUCCCCCAGCCUUACAACCCUGCCAUCCCUCACAGGUCGGGGCUUCUCUCCCCACCGGCGUCGCCCUCAAAGAAAAGCAGCCACGCUAACGGUGCCGCGCCCUCUAAACCUAGGCGGCCUAUGAACGGUUUUAUGCUCUUUGCUAAACGCCACAGACUCAAACUCAUCCAGCAGCAUCCGGGCAAAGAUAACAGGGCGAUCAGUGUGCUGCUUGGCGGCACCUGGAAAGCACUUCCAGAUUACGAGCGCGAGCGCUACAACAACGAAGCUCGUCUGCAGGCCGAGCAAAUGAAGAAAAUCGAUCCUGAUUGCUGGAAAAGAAAAAGAUCUCAUUCUACAUGCUAAACACGUAAUAUUUUUGACUGAUAAUUCCCAUGAGAAGAAAGUGAUUUGAUUUACUUUACCGCAUUCAUUUCCAAACGAAAUGUGUUCGAUGGAAAGUGUCCUAAAAUCUAGGUGAAUGUAUAUGAUAUCUUGGGCCUGCUUACUAAGAUUUACAUUGAAUUUACUACAAUAAUACUAAAGUUCAAUGUAUUUUCCUGCUUAAUGUGAACUUUUACGAUUAAAAUUGUGUACACCGCUUAUGAAACUUAGAGAUUCUAUAGGUGGCGGAAAAAGUAGAAAAAAUACCAUACCUACUUUGCUUUGAACAGAGAAAAUCUGUUAGAAAGCAACUUCUUGUAUGGCCAUGAUGAUGUCAUAAGUGAUCUACAUUUGAAGUUUUGAACCAACUUGGCUUUGGAGUGUCCAUGUCUCUUUUCUAUCAGCUCUCAGGUCGUGAUAUUUAGUUGCGGUAUUCAGGAGAAACGCACAUACAUCAACGAUUUUAAUUCUUCUGUUACUUGUAUCUCGAUUACCAUAUUCCUAACUCUCGACCCAAUUGCUGAAAAUCAUAUAAAAUCCUUCAGCAGGUAUUAAAUAGUAAUCUUUAUCAUACUGAUGUUCAUCAGCCUAUCUUUUCCAUUUAAUUUCAAAGUGAAAAUCCAAACUAAAUUAGCUGUGGAAUUCGCGCAUAAAGCCGUCUCCAAGACUUUUAUUUACUUGUAUUUUAGAUUGUCUUGUUAUCGAUUGCGGGAUGUAUCUAUCUGAAGUGAAGACUACUAAAUGAAACUUAACAUAAACCAGAACUUCAGUUGCAGCAGACCUCUAAUGCUAUGUAAAUACUAGUAGGUGCAAUUCACGAAGUGCGCAAGUCGUGAGAUGUUACAAAGUCUGUCAAUUUUACCGAUCCCUCGGCCGGUCAUGGCUACGGGAUCGAAGCACUGUAUUUUGGCUCGAUUAUUCACUUACAAGAUGUUUGGCAUCGCGUUCAUGACUACACAUUCUGUUUAGCUUUACAAACCAUUAGAUGCCUACGAGAUCACUGUGGACUUACAGGGAGAAUUUGCGUAAUAUUGAGUGUCCUCGUAUUCAUUAUAGUUGUAUACUUUUAUUAUUAAGUUCGUACAUUACGUACCCGAUAUUCCUAAACUUGUUGGCAGCUGUUUCUGUAUUAUUAUAAUUAUUAUUUUAAUAAUUAUUAUUAUUAUUUACUUUUAUCGGUAAUAAUUAAGUUUAUUUUUUACUUUAAACUCGUCGGUCGGUCACUACUCCAAAAAGUCUUUCCUGUUCGACGAAACCAGUUUGUGUUCCGUUGACAAGCUGUAAUUUACGGCAUCUACGUUGCGAUGGAGCACUCGUUUUGUGAUUCAUACCUGAAGUUAUUAGUCGUAUUUCUGUUGAAUAAUUUGACAUUUACUAGUAUCUGCGUAUCUAGCAUGUACAUUCUGCUGCAAGAAUGUUUCAGGUGAACUGAAAACAGUUUCUUGGAGCGUUUGUUAGAAUGUUUUGUUUUGUAUUUUAGGAGCGCAAAUCUUGUAUGUUGAUGUUGAUUGUGUUUGAAAUGCAUUACAUUCAUGUGGGUGAAUUCAUCAGAAUAUAAGUUGAUGGAAUUUGUUUCUUAUAUCUAAUUUUACAAGCCUUGACCUACCGUGCGACUCUUUGUGUGAGAUUUGUAAAAAGCGAGUUUCCUAAGUUAUCUUACUUUUAAUUUAGAAUUGAACUUGCUUUAUACUGCAUUGUUUUAUUUUAUUCUGCAUUCUGAAAUCGAGUUGUUUUGAAUUGUGUCUGUACGUGCAUUUCAAAUGGGAAUCCUUAUACGGAAAGUCUAAUUUUUACGUUGGAUAUUUUUGUAUCUACUCUCAUUGACUUUAGACGUGAAAUUCAGUUUCUCUCUUCAGAUCGCACUAUUAAUUAUAAAUCCCAUGUGUGUCUCACUACUCCACACAUUUUGACCAAGUUCUCUAGGACAUUUUAUUGCAUUCAGUUUUCAUUCUUUUUAAUUUUUUUCUAUUUUUUAUUUGUGACCGCUUCAACGAAUGUCGGUCUGGGCGACAAUUACUAUCGAAUAUGAGGUUCAAUUUUAUAUUUGAGUUCUCCUAGAUUAAUUGAUUAUUAUCUACGAUUUCAUGAUGAACUUUUUUGCGUUGAAAUUAAUGGCUCCCGAGCAAGUGAUAAACUAUAAUAGCUUAUCUAUCAUAAGAAACUAUAAGGAUUAAUGAACUACUAUCAAGAGAUCUCUGUAUUUUUCUAUGGUAUCAGUUGGCAAAUGAAUUUCCCUGUUGAAUCGUCCAGUGCAGUAGAUAUUCUCCUUUCCAAGCUGGCACUGGGCUUUAGAACUUAUCGUCAGCAAAUAAUUCUAACAAAUAACUUAGUACAAUCGCAGACUUCUUCCCUAUAUGCUAUGUGAUGAAGCGUACAUGUGAUCGUAGUAAACUGGAAUUGCUUUGUUUGUUCCAUGUAAAUGUAAAAGAGUUUGUAAACUAAGUGGUAUAUGUCUGAACGUACGACGUUCUUUGUUGUUUCGAAAUCUAAAAUAAAUUUAUUUUCGUACACAAAUAAUGUACUGAAAUCAAGAUGGUAAUUUUGUACAUUUAUUUAUGUGUAAAAAGAGAGUAGAUUUAACCUUACAAUAAAUCCGCAAUUUGACUCACUUGGGAUAGAAAAAGUUAUCAAUGGCCAACAAAGACAAUUUUUUAGCACACUAGAGAUGAGGUGUGUGAAAUCAGCGUAUACCGUUGUGGUCUAGACGAAUUCUAAAGUUUAUACUGUUACUUUAUUUGGCAUACGGAAUCUUUCUCUAUUACUCUUGUAUAAAUAAAGCUGUGCUUUCAUAACUCAUGUUAAAUGAUAAUUGAGUUAGCAUAUGUGUAGAUAAUCUGGGGAUAAACAUUUAAUUUAGUCUUUUAAUCAUGUAAACUGGGGCAGUAAUGCUGUUAAAGAAGCGUAUAGAAUAUUGCAAUGCCUUCGUGCAGAUCAUUUAAUUGUUAUUCGACUCGAGUAAGAAAUUUAUUAUUUUGACUACUGGCGAUCAUUGUGUAAAGGAGUUCUCUCACUUUUAUCGAAGGAUUUUGUGAACACGUUCUAUGUUGUAGAACAGAAAGAUCUUCCUGAUAACAGUAGGAGAAUGGUCAAGACCUGGGACGAUAUUGUUAUUUAUUACGACUUGAAAUUUUAGAUAAGUAUCUUUAUUGUGUGCCAAAAUGUGCUCUUCACAAUGAUGGUACUCUUCACAACGUACAGGUAUGUCCAGCAUGUCGCUUUAAGUAAUAGGUUCUGCUUCCGCCACAGAAUUUGUUCACUUGCUAAGUGUUUGCUAUUUUAAGUUGAUGUGCCUCGAAGUGUCGAAAUUUCUCCUCGAUGAAUCGUAUAUUAUAGACAUUAUUGAACCACUGUACAUUCUUGAUCAUUUUUACUCUUAAAAGUUAGCUUUUAUUUUAUAAAAUUAACAGGACUAUGCUUUAGCACUCCCCAUCAUUUCGGAAGAAACUUGUUUAGAAUGUAUUUACAAUUUUAUUUACAGUUUUCAAUUGUAAAUUCCAUAGAAUUAUGAAUAUUGGUGCAAAUUCAGUUGUAGCCGUUACUUCUCACUCAUGUCAUAAUUUUCGUAGUGCUUUUUGGAAAGAUCGCUGCCAUUGAGAUCAAAGCGCUGUGAACAGUCCCAAGUUAUAGGAUGUGAUGAAAAAGGCUAAUGGCAUUUAUUUUUCGUCUUGCUGUUCGUGCGCAUAGUGUAAGAUAUAAAAUUACCGAGCCUCUACUGCUGUAGAACUUACUGCUAAGCAGCGUUAUAAUAAUAUUGCGUUUCAUAACAUCAUUUUAUUACUUCUUAGUAUAACGCGGUCGGCCGAAGUACCUACCUCAUAUGUACGCUUGUACUCACGGUGAUAUCAUGAUGACGUUGACAUCAUGAUUACGAGUUUCAGCCUUCAACUUUUGAACAGAAAACUCGAGUUGUAUCAUUGUGCAGAUUGGAUUUUACUUUGAUCUUCGUGCUUCCUUCUGCAAUUGAAAGUUUGUUGGAAUUGCUAAGAAACGUGCUCAUGUAUAAUUAUUUCCCGACCUAUCAGAUUCGGUGCUUGUGAUAUCUUGAUCUGUUGAUUGAAUUUGCUUUGAAUUUCUCGCGUCGUGAUCUCAUGCAAGUAAAGAUGUCCUUGCACUCCUUCAGAUUCGGUGAGCCAUUCCGGCUAAGGUCACAUCUCAAAUUAUCAAUGGAAAUUAAAUUGGUGUCUACGGUGUCACGAAUCACGAGUCGUGCUUGUAUUUUCUGUGAAUCGUGCUUGUAUUUGCUUGUAUUUUUGUCGGACUCCGUACCGCAUUGGUCGAGUGAACCAAACUGUAUGUGCGCCUAGAUUAAAUGUUUCAUUGAGAGUCUUCAGUCUUGUAUAUGUAAAUUUUAAGCAACGCCGAUGCUUCCAGAAUGAUCAACGUUUCAUUAUAAAUAUGUGCUCAAUAUUGGCAAACAAGCGCUGUGUACUAUUUUAUUCGAACCUUUAAUGUGUAAAUACGCUUCAUAUAUCUUUUUCAGCUCUGUGAUGCAACAUUUAGCAAUUCAUACUAACUUUACCCUCUCGAUAUGCUAUAUUUUGGGCUCAAAGUGAAAUACAGAACAGCGUAUUUUCAUAUGUAGUAAGUGUAUAAUUCUUUCGUUGUUGUAAUGACUGUUGGAAGCCGUCUCUGCUCCUGACAUUUUUCCGCAUCUCAGCCUGUUUCUCAAACGAAAUUUUGCUAUUUUUACAUGCGUAAAAAUGGCACGUAAUUUCUAUUUUUUUAUACUUCAUAUUCUUCAUUGAAUAAAAUUAUAGCGUUUAUAGUUCUCUGGCGAGGCGAAUUAUAUAAAAGCUACAUUUUUGUUCAUUUUACAUGGUUUUUAGAUGCCGUAACUUAUUGCAAUAUUUUACAACAAACUCAGCACCUAAUUAUUUAUUUUUAAUCAUUCUGUAACGCAGAUAAUAUAGUUUAUAUUUACCUCGAUACCAUGUCGUAGUUUGAAGUUUUGCAACUUGACUCAACCUUCGUUUCAUCUUUAUAAGCGGAAUUUGAAUUUUAUGGGUUAAUUAGAUCCAAUAUCUAGAAGGUGGGAACAGUUUUCUCCUGGUCUAGCAUUGUGUAGAUGUGGACAUGCCACAUGUUUAAUUAUUUUCAUAAAUUAAAUAAAAAGAAUCGUAUGAUCAUGAGCUCAAGUUUCUAUGAGAUUUGUUAAUGUAAUGUAAUUACGUUGAUGUUGGUGUCGGUAUAAGUUAUAGUGUGGCCUGUGUUAUAUUUGUCGAUUUGUUAUUGUCUUAUGUAAAUAUUGUUACCUGCGGCAUGUUCCUUUGCUUCCUCUUAUCGUUACUUCGGAAUAAUACUCAGUUUUCGUUACAGCUGAUUAAGGCUAUUUUUAUAUUUUUGUUACGAAUAUGUCUAGCAUUCUUCUUUGGUGAAUGGCCUUCAUUAUAAUAUUCCUUGGAUUUCUUGCGCGUCGUUGAAUGAAUUGUCAAAGAUAAAAUUGCUAAGCUUUCGUUGUGUUGAUUUCAGUUCUCCAUUCUGUUUCACAUUUGAUAAGCUGGCAUUAAACUUUUCAAGAGUU